UGAUUGUGAGUGAAGUUAAGGAUUUUGAGAUUUCUUUGACUGGGUUGCUUUCUUUGUUUGAUCUCUGCCAAAGGAGUUUGUGACUCGGGGAAUUUUAGAGUUAUUGAUGUUCAUGCACUACGCAUGGAUUCGAUUCAGCACAAGUGUUCCAUGUAAUGAUACACAGUAAUCAGACAUGGAAAGAAUUCCAGAGUCAAAGAAAACGCUUCCUGGGCAAUUGCCAAUUGUGGGUCUGGUAGCAAAACAACACAUGGCUUUGCUAAGGCAAGAAGUCGGUCGGCCUGAUGCACGGGAUUCUCAAGAUUCAGACUCUUCUCCUGCACCAAUAAGGACGUGGAAAGGAAAGGAUUCUUUACUUGAGCAAGAGGAGUCGAUGCCUGAUGUUGUUAAGGGCAGUAGUGAUUCAUUUGAGGAAGGUGGCCCUAGCUCUUUCUCUGGGGCUAGUCAUCCCCCAGAACCCGUAGAUACAGAUCCGAUGAGAACAGUGUAUGUACCAAUUGGUCAGAAGAAGUCUGAGGGUGGUUGCUUGAUGAAAAGCUUAUCUAUGAAGGGUCCUUUUUUAGAGGAUCUAUCAAUCCGUGUUUCAGUAAAACCAAGCCCAUCUGUUCUUUCACCUGCAGAAAGCUUGGUUGAAGAACCUAAUGAUUUGGGUGCUUUGUCUUCUCCAUUUUCGAUUCCUCGUGCAUCACAAAAUACUGAAAACUCUCUCCUUCCUCCUGAUUCUGAAGAAAAGGAAUGUGUUUGGGAUGCUUCUUUGCCUCCAAGUGGCAAUGUAAGUCCACACAGUAGCAUUGAUAGCACUGGUGUUGUCACAGCCAUGAGCAUUGUCAAUAGCUGUGCCAGUACAUACAGGAGUGAUGCAAUGACAAGUGAUGGCAUGCUUAGUGUGGAGAGGAACUGUGAGAGUACAAAGGGAAGUGUAAGAGGGGAUUCACUUGAGAGUGCAAAAACUAGCAUUAGCCGUGCAAGCGAUAGCAGUGGCCUUAGUGAUGAUAGUAAUUGGAGUAACAUUACUGGUAGUGCUAAUAAGCCACACAAAGGAAAUGAUCCUAGAUGGAAGGCCAUUCUUGCCAUCCGUGCACGAGAUGGUAUUUUGGGUAUGAGUCAUUUUAGGUUGCUCAGACGGCUUGGGUGUGGUGAUAUUGGCAGUGUGUAUCUCUCGGAGUUGAGUGGUACACGCUGUUACUUUGCAAUGAAAGUAAUGGAUAAGGCAUCUCUUGCAAGCCGAAAAAAAUUGACCAGAGCUCAGACAGAAAGAGAGAUUCUGCAGCUACUAGACCAUCCAUUCCUACCAACUCUUUACACUCAUUUUGAGACAGACAGAUUCUCAUGUUUGGUCAUGGAAUUUUGUCCGGGAGGUGAUCUUCACACUCUAAGGCAACGACAACCUGGGAAACAUUUCUCUGAGUAUGCUGCCCGGUUUUAUGCUGCAGAGGUUCUAUUAGCACUUGAGUAUCUCCACAUGCUUGGAGUUGUCUACCGGGAUUUGAAACCAGAAAAUGUUUUAGUCCGUGAUGAUGGCCACAUAAUGCUCUCAGAUUUUGACCUUUCCCUAAGAUGUGCAGUUUCACCCACCCUUAUUAAAACCUCCUCAUUUGAUUCUGACCCCUCCAAACGGGGAACUGGUGGUGCAUUCUGUGUCCAGCCUGCCUGUAUUGAACCCUCAUCAGUAUGCAUCCAGCCAGCAUGUUUUAUUCCCCGGAUCUUUCCCCAGAAGAAUAGUAAGAAAAAAACUAGAAGACCACGAGCUGAGCCUGGGCUGCCUGCCAGUACAUUGCCUGAGCUUGUGGCAGAGCCUACUGCAGCCCGGUCCAUGUCCUUUGUUGGGACCCAUGAAUACCUUGCUCCUGAAAUCAUCAAGGGAGAAGGGCAUGGCAGUGCAGUUGAUUGGUGGACAUUUGGUAUCUUCUUGCAUGAACUACUGUAUGGUAAAACCCCUUUCAAGGGUUCAGGAAACCGGGCUACCCUUUUCAAUGUGGUGGGGCAACAGCUCAGAUUUCCUGAUGCACCAGCGACUAGUUAUGCAAGUCGGGAUCUAAUCCGGGGAUUACUGGUGAAGGAGCCACAGCACAGACUGGGUGUGAAGAGGGGAGCAACUGAGAUAAAGCAGCACCCCUUCUUUGAAGGCGUGAAUUGGGCUCUGAUACGAUGCAGCACGCCGCCAGAGAUUCCAAGACCAGUGGAAACAGAGCUACCAGGAAAGUUUGGGACAGUUGACACUGUUGGGGUCGGGAUCGGCAGCAGUAGUAAGAGGAUGGUAGGGGCAGACAUGAAGUCUGGGGGUAAAUAUCUCGACUUUGAGUUCUUCUAGUCUUUUGAUUUACAGGAUUGUGCUGUGUUGGAAUUAGUAUCAUCAGUUAAUCCUACAAAGAAAAUCAACUUCAAUUUGAAAAUUUAUACCUUCAAAUUCUAGGGCUCUUCUUCUGGAUUUCACAUUGGGUCUGACAUAAAAAAGGGAAAAAAAAAAGGGAAUUAAACCUGAGACCCAAUGUCAUAUGUAGAGAACUCAUUAUCAUUUCAUGACUAGAGUUAAUAUUGUCAACUGAAUUUACAGAGUUUUGUGCCUCAAUCCAUUGUCAUCUGAUGUUGCAAGUUGUGAGUUUUUUAUUGUUAAAAAUUUCAAGGAAAUGUAGAGACAAUGCAAGUCUGAAAAUAUGAUCUCAACUUGCAUUCAACACAUUGUAGGACAUGGCCCCCCAUUCUCACUCACUAUUUUUCUUGAGAAUCAUCUUUGGUAAUGGCAUUCCCACAUUAUUGCAAAGAUGAAUGAAUGAAGAGGGAAUUUUUCCAAGGAAUAGUGGAUAUGACAAGUGACUAUUUGCCUUGUACUA